GGAGAGCUCCGGGGCUCGGCGGAGCGGGUCCCGCCGGACCCGGAGCGGGCUGCAUGCAGCGGCGGCGGCGGCGGGGCCCGUAGGGGCGAGGGCGGGCCGGGUCGGGGCCAGCGCCGCCUCCUCCUCCACCUCCUCCUCCUCCUGUUUCCCUGCCGGUGCCGCGGAGCGGAGGAGCCACCGGGGGCGGGCAGCGGCGGCCCCCGCAUGCGGCCGAGCCCCGGGGCCGCCGCCGCGCCCGGAGCCGCCGCCGCGCCCCGCGGGGGGAUGCGCCCACCCGCGCCCCGCUCCCGCCGCCGCAAAGUUUCCGCGGGCCCCCCCCGUUAACGGGGGUGGGGGGUGGUGGGAAGGGAGCCCUGGGAUAGGAGGAAGAGGAGGAGGAGGAGGAAGGAGGGGGAAACAACCAAACAAAAACCCCUCAAACCAUAAAAAUCCCAAACCGGCCGCUCCCCCCCCCCCCAAAAAAAAAACUUGCUCAACUCGUUCCGGGAAGCUCCGCGCACCGCUCCAUGCUGCGGCGGAGGGGCCGGUGCUGAGCCCCCGGGGCCGCGGAGCCAUGGCCAUGGUGGCCGGCGGCUGGGGCGAGCCCAACGGCGGCGGCGGCGGCGGCGGGGAGGAGGCGGCGUCCCCGGCGGGCGGCGGCAGCGACGCGGAGCACGGCGAGGAGGAACGGGCCGGGGCGGCCGUGGACUGCGUGGUGUGCGGGGACAAGUCCAGCGGCAAACACUACGGGGUGUUCACCUGCGAAGGCUGCAAGAGCUUCUUCAAGCGCAGCAUCCGCAGGAACCUCAGCUACACCUGCAGGUCCAACCGCGACUGCCAGAUCGACCAGCACCACCGCAACCAAUGCCAGUACUGCCGCCUCAAGAAGUGUUUCCGUGUGGGGAUGAGGAAGGAAGCUGUGCAGAGGGGCCGAAUCCCUCCUACCCACUCCAGCACCAGCCCCAACACCAUGCCCAGCAGCGAGUACUUCAACGGGCAGCCCGUGUCAGAGCUGAUCUCGCAGCUGCUGCGUGCUGAGCCCUACCCCGCCGCCCGCUACGGCUCGCAGUACGCGCAGCAGGGCAGCGUCAUGGGCAUCGACAACAUCUGCGAGCUGGCCGCCCGCCUCCUCUUCAGCACCGUGGAAUGGGCCAGGAACAUCCCUUUCUUCCCUGAGCUGCCAGUUUCUGACCAGGUGGCUCUGCUGAGGCUCAGCUGGAGCGAGCUCUUCGUCCUCAACGCGGCUCAGUCGGCGCUGCCGCUGCACAUGGCGCCGCUGCUGGCUGCCGCCGGUUUCCACGCCUCGCCCAUGUCGGCCGACCGUGUCGUCUCCUUCAUGGACCAGAUCCGAAUCUUUCAGGAUCAGGUGGAGAAGCUCAACAGGCUCCAGGUGGAUUCAGCUGAGUACAGCUGCCUCAAAGCCAUCGCGCUCUUCACGCCGGAUGCCUGUGGCUUGUCUGACCCAGCCCACGUGGAGAGCUUGCAGGAGAAGGCUCAGGUGGCGCUGACCGAGUACGUGCGCUCGCAGUACCCGUCGCAGCCCCAGCGCUUCGGGCGGCUGCUGCUGCGGCUGCCGGCUCUGCGCGCCGUGCCCGCUGCCCUCAUCUCACAGCUCUUCUUCAUGAGGCUGGUGGGGAAAACCCCCAUUGAAACACUAAUCAGGGACAUGCUGCUGUCUGGGAGCACCUUCAACUGGCCCUAUGGGACGGGGCAGUAAGGGACAAGCAUCUUCCCCCACCCUUGGGAUAAACCUUGGGGACAUCCAGCAGUUGGACGUGGAUUCCUUCCAGCUACUCCUCACUGAGGAGCCCACUGAACUGCACUGUUCCCCUCGUCCUGCAGCUCAGCUGGCUGCCACAGCAGCCUCCAAAGGCAGUGGGGUCACUGUCCCACCUCUAAGGUACUGGUUGUGCCACCAUCGUUGGACACCGAACUCAUCCGUCCCUGCCCUGACCCUCGGGGACCUCAGAGCAUCCCUGGGACUGAUCCUUUGCUCUGUUCUUGUGUUGCAACUGUGCUGGAGCCCAGGGAGAGGGGGAUAGCAGAGCCUGGCUGCCCCUCCAAUCCUGGAUUUUGGAUGGCAGGAGGCUGGGACAGGAGGGGACACACACACUCCAUGUUCUGUGGGGUCCUACAUCCCCCCCCACCCCCCAAAUCCUGGCCCUGGGGUCAAAACUCAGUCAUUUAAGCCCCUUUGUGCCCUGCCUCAGGGCUACAUCCAGGCUGGAGACUGAAGUGCUGAGCUUGGAGCAGCCCCUUUUUGUGAACUGGGCUUCUCUGUGCUGGGCUGUGUGUCCUCCACCUCUUCUGCAGAAGCAUCUCCACUGUUGGGGUACAGGGAAGGGGUUCAGGGGGUGAGAUGGGGCUGCAUGGGGUGGGGGUGGCAGCAGGCCAUGCAGGGUGCAGAUGAAGCAGUUGCUUUUGGGUGCUGCACAGCAUCCAGCCCCUCUGCCCUGGGCUCACUUGGGGCUUUGUCCCUCCCCUCUCUCCUUGGAAGGCCCAAUCCAGCACCCACCAGUCUCCCCACCCUGGGGGAGAUGGGUGCCAGGAACCUCCCCCCACCCCUCCCCACACUCACUAUGUUCCUGUGCCUCAGUAAUAUUUUCUUAAACCAGGUUUAGGGGGGGAAGAGAAGAUGUUGGAGGGGUCCUAAACCAGGCUGGAAAUGAGAGGGAGUGAUCCUUGUCUCCAGGGCUGAGAGGAAAGGGCACAGGAGUUUGGGAAGGAUGGAUGAUGCCCUGUGUCCUCCCCCCUCCCCUAGGCUCUGCUUGUGGUGCAAGCAGAGGGAGGCAGGAUUAGCUGGGGGCUUUGUCCUUUAGAUUGAUUCACUGAAGAAGAAAAAAGAAGUAUAUAUAAUCCUUGUUCAAUGAUACUAAACAAAUUAACUGAAGCCAAUAAAAGAUGUUUCUUACA